GCGGCGUCUCCGCCUCCUUCCCCUCCAGGUGGCUCCCUCGGAGCGGGGGAAGAGGAGAGGAGAGGAGAGGAGAGGCGGGCAGGCAGGCAGGCAGAGCGAGCGUGUGGGCUCCCGCAGUCCCGCGGCGGCGGGGGAGCGUCAGCCAGGGGAUCCAGAUGCGAAGCAGUCGCUGGCUGAACAGCUGCGCCCUCGCCUUCGGCAAGCAAGCCAGGUUAAAUCUGCAGUAAUGAAGCCCUUUGCUAUUUCUGCCUCAGGGAUGAUUUUAUUUCUGUUCACCUUGGUUCAGAAGAAUGACAGUAAAUGUAAAGAAGCAGGUUCAAAGCAAGAGAUAAAUCUGAAUGUCAAAUAUCAGCUCCCCAAUUUCACUGCAGAAACCCCAGUACAAAAUAUAGUUCUGUACAAGCACCACAUCUAUGUUGGAGCAGUCAACAAAAUCUAUGUCUUAAAUGAAAGCCUUCACAACAUCUUUGUGUAUCAGACCGGACCUGUUUUGGCAAACCCGGAUUGUGCUCCCUGUGAAGAAUGUAGACCUAACAUAAAUCAAUCUGCGAAUAUCUGGAAGGAUAAUACCAACAUGGCAUUGCUCUUAGAAACAUACUACAAUCAUCAACUCAUCAGCUGUGGGAGCGUCGCAAAAGGAACGUGCCAACGCCAUGUCAUUCAUCUGGAUAAUCCUGCUGACAUUGGACAUACAGUGCACUGUAUGUAUCCAAAAGUGAUUGAUAAGGAAUCAGACCAGUGUCCUGACUGUGUUGUAAGCCCUCUAGGAACUAAAGUUCUGGUAACAGAAAAGGAAAGAUUUGUAUACUUCUAUGUUGGGAAUACAGUAAAUAAUUCAUCUCAGCAAGACAAUUUGCUGCAUUCAAUAUCAGUUCGGAGAUUAAAAGAAAGUCUGGAUGGGUUUGAGUUUCUCACGGCUUACUCGUAUAUUGAUAUCCUUCCAGAAUUCAGGGAUUCAUACCCCAUUAAGUAUAUUCAUGCCUUUGAAAAGGACCACUUUGUGUACUUUCUCACUGUCCAGAGAGAAUCUCUAGACUCCCAGGCUUUUCACACAAGGAUCAUACGGUUCUGUUCUUUUGAUUCCGAGUUGCGCUCAUACAUGGAAAUGCCCCUUGAAUGCAUUUACACUGAAAAACGUAGGAAGAGGUCAAGCAAGCGGUCAAAUGAGGUAUUCAAUCUUUUGCAGGCUGCGUAUAUUGGUAAGCCGGGUGCAGCCUUAGCCCGGGAAAUGGGUCUCGAUGUGAACGCAGAUAUUUUAUAUGGUGCUUUUGCUCAAAGUAAACCAGACUCUUCCGAACCAAUUCAUAAAUCUGCUGUCUGUGCAGUCCCUAUCAAAAUCAUUGAUGAAUUCUUUGGCAAGAUUGUAGACAAACAAAACAUGAAAUGCCUUCAGCAUCUGUACAAGACGAACAGCAACUACUGUCUGAACAGGGCAUUUUCAAGAAACACUACCUAUUGUGGAGCACAGGAUGAUGAGUAUCGGGUGGAGGUUACAACACCUUUGCAACGGAUUGACUUGUUCACACAGCAGUUCAACACCGCCUUGUUAACAUCUAUAUCUGUGUUCACCAAACAAGACCUUACCAUAGCAAAUCUGGGUACAUCUGAAGGCCGCUUCAUGCAGAUAGUGAUUUCUCGUUCAGAACGCACAAUGCCAUAUGUGAAUUUCCACCUAGAUUCCCAACCUGUUUCUCCAGUAGUUAUAAUUGAGAAUUCACCAGGCAGCAGUGGCUAUACCCUGGUCGUCACCGGAAAGAAGAUAACCAAGAUCCCAUUAAGUGGGCCAGGGUGUUCUCACUUCAGUACCUGCAGCCAAUGUCUCCUGUCACCUUCCUUCAUGAACUGUGGCUGGUGUGACGAUCGGUGUGUGUGGUCAUGGGAGUGCAGCACAGGAGGGUGGACCCAGGACACGUGCUCACCCAAAAUCUCUGAGAUUCUUCCAAGUAGUGCAGCUUUUGAUGGUGUAACAAGGCUGACCCUGUGUGGGUGGGACUUUGGAUUCAGCAAAAAUAAUAAGUUCAGUUUAAAAAAAACAUCAGUUCUUAUUGGAGGACAGCGAUGCACCCUGGAUGUCAAAGCUAGUGACAAAAACAAGUUGGAGUGCACAGUCAGUGCUGUAAAGAAUGCACGUUUUAAUGUUUCAAGCAUUGUUUCAAAUGGACAAGCUAAUUCUUCCUUCCAUACAUUUUCUUAUGUGGAUCCCAAAAUAAGAAGUAUCUCCCCCAGCUGUGGUCCAAGAUCUGGUGGAACAUUGCUGACACUAACUGGAGAAUACCUAAGCAGUGGGAAUUCUCGGGAGAUUUAUGUGGGUAAAAAGCAGUGCAGCUUAACCAGCGUAAAUGAUAGUACCAUAAUGUGUUACACCCCUCUACAAAGAGAAAUGUUGGAGUGUCCUGUUCAAAUGAAAAUUGACUCAGUCUUUCGGACAGCUGGUCAUUUUACAUACAGAGAAGACCCUUCUGUUUCUAAAAUUUAUCCAGCCAAAUCUUUUCUUAGUGGUGGAAGCACCAUUACCGCACAGGGGAUCAAUUUGAAUUCAGCAUCCUCUCCCAAAAUGGUGGUUCAAGUAUCUAAACUAGGCAAAAACUUUACCGUGGCAUGUAACAAUCGGUCAAAUUCUGAGAUAACUUGCUAUACAACUCCCUCACUGAAGUUCUACAACCUGACGCUUCCAUUUGUGACAAAAGUUUUUUUCAUUUUUGAUGGUGUCAUUUCAUCUGGUUUUAAUUUUGAUUAUGUGAAUGACCCUAACUUUACAAUUUCUGAAGAACCAGUGCUGAUUUCCAAUGGAAACCAAAAUAUAGUGAUUAAGGGAAAAAAUAUUGACUUGGAAGCUAUUAAAGGUGAAAUACUACAAGUUGGAAACAAGAGCUGUGAGAAUAUCACCUUGAAGUUGCAAUCUGUUUCAUGUACUGUUCCGAAGGAGCUACUGAAAAUGAACCGUGAACUAAAUAUAGUGUGGAAGAAAGAAGUUUCAUCUGUAGUUAUUGGGAAAGUAAUGAUUCAAGCUGAACAGAAUUACACAGGACUUAUUGGAGGCAUUGUGUCAGUACCAAUUCUUCUCUUGUUACUGCUUGGACUUUUCCUGUGGAGAAAAAAAAGAAAGCAAAUCAAAGAUUUAGGCAGAGAAAUUGUCCGCUAUGAUGGAAGAGUGCACACUCCUCACUUGGACAGACUUGUGAGUGCAAGGAGUGUGAGCCCUACAACUGAAAUGGUGUCAAGUGAAUCUGUAGACUACAGAUCAACUUUUCUAGAAGAUCAAUUUCCAACUUUCUCUCAGAAUGGAUCAUGUAGACCAGCCCAGUAUCCUCACACAGACCUAUCUCCCAUUCUGUCUACUGGAGACUCUGAUUUAGCCAGUCCAUUGUUGCAGACCAAUGUCCACAUUGACAUCAGUGCCCUAAAUCCUGACUUGGUCAAAGAAGUGGAGCACGUGGUUAUUGGUGCCGAUAGCCUGAUAGUACAUUUUAGUGAAGUAAUAGGAAGAGGACACUUUGGCUGUGUUUAUCAUGGAACUUUAUUGGAUACUGAUGGCCGAAAAAUUCAUUGUGCUGUGAAGUCCCUGAAUAGGAUUACAGACUUGGAUGAAGUUGCCCAGUUCCUAAAAGAAGGGAUUAUAAUGAAGGAUUUCACUCAUCCUAAUGUCUUAUCAUUACUUGGAAUAUGCUUACCCAAUGAAGGGUCACCUUUGGUGGUGCUUCCUUACAUGAAACAUGGAGAUCUUCGAAACUUUAUUAGAAAUGAGUCUCAUAACCCAACAGUAAAGGAUUUGAUUGGAUUUGGCCUCCAAGUGGCAAAAGGGAUGAAAUACCUUGCAAGUAAAAAGUUUGUCCAUAGAGAUUUAGCAGCAAGAAAUUGUAUGCUGGAUGAAAAAUUCACUGUCAAGGUUGCUGAUUUUGGCCUUGCUAGAGAUGUCUAUGAUAAAGAGUACUACAGUGUACACAAUAAAACUGGAGCCAAACUACCAGUAAAAUGGAUGGCACUGGAAAGUUUGCAAACUCAGAAGUUCACUACAAAGUCAGAUGUGUGGUCCUUUGGAGUGUUGCUUUGGGAGCUGAUGACAAGAGGGGCACCCCCCUACCCUGAUGUCAACUCUUUUGAUAUCACUGUCUACUUGUUACAAGGAAGACGGCUUUUGCAACCCGAAUAUUGCCCAGAUCCACUGUAUGAAGUCAUGCUCAAAUGUUGGCAUCCUAAACCUGAACUGCGGCCAGCAUUUUCUGAGUUAGUUUCAGAUAUAUCAACUAUCUUCUCCACUUUCAUUGGGGAGCAUUAUGUUCACGUGAAUGCUACUUAUGUCAACGUAAAGUGUGUUGCACCUUAUCCAUCUCUUCUGUCAUCACAAGACAACAUAGACAGGGACGCAGAAACAUGACCAGGCAUAUUAACUAUACUGUUAAAGAGGGAAGAGACCAUAAAUACUACUUUUUUCGCCAGCUGGUUUUUGUGAAAGCACUAUGUGUGUAUGUGUUGUACAAAUUGCACUAUUUUGAAGAGACAAUUUCAUGUUGCUGAAAGCUACAGGAUUACAUAUUGUCCAGAUAAAAGUUUUAACUGUGAUGGGCGACUGUAAUGUUACUGCCAAUGUUACUGUUGCAACACUUAAUCUAUUGCCAGCUAUCACUCAUUUGAGAGUAAUCCAGCUGCUGCUAUAAAUUACACUGUGUGCAACUGAUGAAUUCAGAGGUCAUCAGUCAUUUAGAGUGCCAGGCACUUAAGGAAUGAGUUAACACUAUUGGUCAGCAAUCUUUUGUGUGUAAGGAACAAGCUAAAUAAUGACUAUAUCAGGAUUUCACAGAUUCAUCUCAUUUCUAGCCAAGGUUUGCUUUGCUUGCUAUAAGGAAUCGGGCUUCUUUGGAGGCAGACAGGUAGCCUCCAGGUGAAUAAAUGGGCACUUGCUACAUUGUCCAAGGGACCACAACUGUUGAGUUUUCAAAAUAGUUUGGAACACAGUUUGCAUUUAUGUGAUGAAAUAAUUGCAACAGCUUUCGGGAACAAGCAUUCCCUGUAAAUAGUAGGCCAGCACAGCAAACAGUAGGUUGAACAAAUUUGUGGGCAACCUUCCCUAAUGGAGAUUUUAAAACUGUAUAGAAGCCAGAAGGAGAGCAGCUAGGUAGUAACUUUAGGUUUUAGCAACAGCAGCUCUGUGUGAAUCAAAGAAGGAGUUUCAGUUACAGCAGAAGAGCAGUGAAGAAUUCAAAAAAGGAUGUUAGACAACCCUGAACUAAAUGGUGUGCAGAACUGUGUAAUUGCUGCUAAGCUGGGCAUGUCACAUCGAGGCAGAGAAGAAAUUUUGAUGCAAUGCAUAGCUGCUUGAUGCUUUCAAUUGGUUCUGUAGAUUGUGACAUGCCAUAUGUCUUCAUGAUGACCAAAAUAAAGAUUUUUAAAACAGAAAGUAACUUAAGGAUUUUUUUUUUUGUUUUUGAAGCUGUGCUCUUAACUUUUGAUUGAGCAUCAUAUUUCAGUUCUGUUCCUGUGGAAUUCUGUGCAUUCUACUGUAUAGACUGGUGUAGGAUUAAUCCCUAGGGGGUUUCGUUUUGGUGUAAACCCUUUCAAAGCAUUCUAUUUUUAUAUUGAAAUGUUUAUUUUUAAUUUUAUAUAUUAUAUAUAUAAAGUUUUGUUAGGGCAUAAAAUACUGCACUGUGAACACUUCAAAAUUACUUGUAUCAGCCUUUGAUUCAUAAGCUGUAAAGAGAUUAAAAAUCAUAUUCCAUAAUUAUUGGCAAUAGAAAUAGCUGAUUGCAUGCUAUCUCCAUCCCAAGUGUUAAAAUACCCAUUGCUGGAAUCAAAAACAUUUUCAGCAUCUUGGAGGAGGUGAUGCCUAUAAAGGAUCCAAUUAUAAGGGAGAUUUAUUGUUCUUGAGAGAGAAUGCUACACUGAAAGAUUUAUGAUGAGCUUGGAGAGGGUAAGCAAACUACUUGCUGAUAAUUCUGGAUUGUAUUAAACUGCCACAUCCAUUUCAGCAGCAAAUACUUCAUGUGUGCUAAGAGCAAUGUUAAUUGUGAAUUGCCUUAGCACAAAAAAAUUCUGCUGCAAGCAAAAACAAGGAAAAACGCUCUUGAGAGUUAAGGAGAAUUAUGAUGCCAUGGUUUAGUGCAGUUAUUCUAAACCUGUGUACACAUGCAAUAGGAAUGUAGGGUUGGGUGGGGGAUGAAACAAUUAUACUAUUUAUGAGAAGAAAUUAAUGUCGUGGCUGGGAUACAUGUAAAUAAUCUGUGAUUCUUGUAGGGAUUUGAUGUUUGUAUAUUCAUAUACCUGCCAAUAAGCUGGAUGGUACUUACCUUUAUAAUUGUGAUGACUUAGCAAACUUAUUAAAAUAAAGUAAGCAUUUG